AUUUUUGAAUUAUCGAAAAUACUAUCGAGUAACCAAUUGAUGCAUAGCAUUCGUAACUCUUAUGAAGAAUUCGACUCGAGGAUUUAUAACAAUUUAGAACACCGAAACUUAUACGUGUUGAACUUAGAUUGCUCUUAUGCUCUUGAUGUUUUACGACAGGCAAAUUCGACAAAUAUGUUUGUGGCCCCCACAAAAUGGCUGCUUUUCCAAGAUCGAAAUAUAUCAAUUGAUAAUGAUAACACCAAAGAUUUCAUACAUAAUGAUUCAAUAUUGGAAAUCUUCGAAACGUUAGCCGUCUAUCCUGACAGCGAUGUGGUCCUCGCUCAAAGGUUCGACGGUGAUUUUCUUCAAAUAAUGUCCGUAUAUCGACCGAGCCCACAACGAGGUGUGAUAUGGGAAAAUCGCGGGAAUUGGACGAUCGAAAAUGGUGUACGAAUGAAAACCUUUGACGUGGCUUCGGCACGUAGAAGAAAUCUUCAACAGACGGCUCUUAAAUCUGCUCUCGUGAUGACGGAUCCCAAUACGAUCAAUCAUCUAACUGAUUUCGAAGAUAAACUAAUAGAUCCUGUCACGAAAGCUGGAUAUCCAUGGAUACUUCAUUUAAUAAAUCGGAUGAAUGCAACGGUAAGUUUCGAAAUCACCGAUAGUUGGGGAUAUCGCACAGAGAAUGGCUCUUGGAACGGAAUGAUCGGGAUGCUGGAACGACGCGAGAUCGAUAUCGGUGGCACCGCUACGUUUCUUGUGUCAGAACGUCUCGGUGUUGUGCAAUAUAUCCAAUUGUACACACACACCGGUUCACGUUUUAUAUUUCGACGACCAUUAUUAUCGACCGUGAGCAAUAUAUUCGCCUUACCCUUUCAACGUAACGUUUGGAUAGCCAUUGCCGUAUUCUUAUUUCUCGUCUUCUGUUUGCUUUCUUUAUCCAUCAAAUGGGAGUAUCAUCAGGAUAAAGUAAUGACAAGAUCAGCAAUUUAUUGGAAACAAUCAAAUCCAAAUAAACCAACAGCCAGCGAUAAUGUACUUAUUCUUUUAAGCGCAUUUGUCCAACAAGGAUCUGCGUAUGAACCAUUUCGAGUCUCGUCUCGAAUCAUCAUUUUAAUGUUAUUGUUAGCCUCGCUGAGUCUCUACGCAGCUUACACAGCGAAUAUCGUGGGCCUGCUGCAAUCUACCACGGAUUCUAUCAAAACUCUUUCGAAUCUUCUCAGCAGCCCACUAAAGCUAGGUGCGCAGGAUGUCGUGUACAACCAUCAUUAUUUCAAGUCAUUUCAAGAUCCUGUUAGAAAAGCAAUUGUGGAACAGCGAAUCGAACCAAAGGGACGCAAAUCAAACUGGAUGUCCAUUGAAGAAGGUGUACGUCGAAUAAAGGACGAACUCUUCGCAUUUCAUGGCGAGGUCGGUUCGAUCUAUCAAUUAAUGGAAGAUACAUAUCAGGAGGAGGAGAAGUGCGGCCUGACUGAAAUCGAUUUUUUAAAAGUCCUAUAUCCGCUUCUCGUUAUACAAAUGCAAUCGCCAUAUUUAGAGAUAAUAAAAAAUGGAGCUCUAAAAUUAGAGGAGUACGGACUCAAAUACCGCGAGGAAUAUCGUUUAUAUACGAGAAAACCGGUGUGCUCGAGUCAGAGUAAUAGCUUCAUCACUAUCGGUAUCACGGAAUGUUACUUUGCUUUGGUCAUAAUGGGCUACGGAAUUCUUCUCACCGUAAUCAUAUUUGCAUUUGAGUUUUUAUGGCAUAAAAAACAAAACGCACGUGCCAGAGAAGAAAUGUCAGAUGGAUAAAUCAUAUACUGCUCUGAUUAAAUACCAACAAAAAUAUAUAUUCAAAAAAAAUUAUUAAACCAAAUAUUUACUAAAUUUUUUUGCUUUUUCUUUGCUAUAUUAUAC